AUGCCUGCCAAGCGAAACGCGGCCUCGCCUGCCUCCGCGCCAGCGGCCUCAACAACAGCACCUCUCUCCUCAGGCCCUGCGACCCUCAAAACCAAUUCCUCCAUUACCGAUAUUGCCAUCCAUCGCAUUCUGCUUCUGGAUGCCUUUAUGGCCUUCUUAGUGCUUGUCGGCGGCGUGCAGUUCUUGUACUGUGUAGUGGCAGGCAAUUAUCCAUUCAACGCUUUCCUCAGUGGCUUCAGCGCCGCGGUCGGUCAAUUUGUUCUCACGGCUUCCUUGCGCAUGCAAACCAGUGACACCGGGGCAACUUCAAGCAAGCCCAGCUCAAAGGGAAAGAAUGCACGAUUUGCGGAGGACGAGCAGGACACCGGCAUUUCUCAUGAGAGAGCAUUCGCUGAUUACAUCUUCGGAAGCCUGAUCCUGCACUUCUUCUGCAUCAACUUUAUUAAUUAA